UUAGGCCGGGCGUGGUGGCGCACGCCUUUAAUCCCAGCACUCGGGAGGCAGAGGCAGGCGGAUCUCUGUAAAUUCAAGGCCAGCCUGGUCUUGAGUUCCAGGACAUCUGGGGCUACAGAGAGACCCUGUCUCAAAAAGGAGCAAAAAAAGAAAGGUUUUUUUGAAAUAGGGUAUCACUAUAUAGUCCACACUGAGCUUCGUGAACUUCCUGCCUCAGCCUCCCGAAUUACUGGAUUAUAGGCCUACACCAUCACGACUGGCAAAUUACUUGCAUUUUAUUUGGGGCAUAUUUGUGUGUGUCUGUGUGUGCUCGCGCACUCGCCCUAUAUGUGUGGAAUCGAACUACAUACCGUUCUCUUGUACAUUCGUAGUGCUAAGUAUCAAACCCAGGACCUUGCCCAUGUUAAGCACACUACUUCACUACCGAAUGACCAUAUAGAUUCGGUGGGAGGGUCAACACAGUCUCUGUGGAGAUCACCUUGACAGACAUCUCUAAAUGAAAAAUCCAACAGGGCCUUAUGCUUAACCAAUACCAUAUUUUGUGUAGGCAGCAAAAAAAGUUUCGCUUUCUGUUGGGGCUUUAGAGAUCGCCACGCCCUGGACCCGCCUCCUUCGCUUGAUGAUCCUACCCAGACUCCCCACAAUUAUGGUCUCCAGUGACUUCCCGCCCUUCCUUAUGGUCUGGAUCGGUUCCAAAUUCACUGCAGAGCCUAGUUCCUACCCUUCAACACCUCUCAGACUAUUUAUUUAUUUAUUAUUUAUUUAUUUAUUUAUUUUCGGUACUGGAGAGUAAGUCUCACGCAAGCUCUCUACCACUGUUUAUACCAGCCUUUCCUACCCCCCACUUCUUUUGCGAUGUUGGGGGGAUCGAACCCAGGGCCUGAGCUGCACAUCCAGCCCCAGGCCCUGCCCCCAGGGAUGCUUAGAGGGCUCUGUCCUUGUUUAAUGAUGACUCUGAUCUUAUCCCACAGCCUCUCCUAUCCUGCCCACCCAUUCUAGGCUUGCCCCUUGUGAUUCAGCUAAACUUUAUAGGCUUGGUCGUCAGCUCCAGCCAGGGUUCUUGCUAUGCCUUAGCCUCUUCCCCCUCAAGUUUCUCCCGGUGUUGUCUGACACCAGCUUUGUCUGCUCCUGCCGGCGCUGGAGCCACGCCUCCGGGGUUUGCAGCUUGUUCUCUGCGGGGCUCCCAGGCUCCGGCCAAGCGCUCGGGCCGCUCCCGGCCCAGUCACGCCUCUGGUUUGCUGCCCUCAACCCCGCCCCUUGAUCCAGACAUGCUCCUUAGCCUCUCCAGAUCCCUGAGCAUCUCUUCUCCCACUCCCUCCCUCCUGGCUUGUUGCCUGCCCUCAGCACCGCCCUCUUUGAUCACGCUACCCCGCCCCCGGCCCUGGCCGCUCUCCUCAGCCACGCCCCCUGGCCUCUCCCUGGCCUGGUCUCACGGCUUGUCUGCUCUCAGUUACGCCCUCUGGGCUUGAAGCCUGCCCUCAUUCCCGCCCCCUCUCUGGUCACGCCCCUGGCCUCUCCCCGCCCAAUCACGCCUCGGGUUUGCUGCGUGUUCUAGAUCCCGCCCCCUGCCCUGGCCACGCCCCCGGGCCGCUCCCUGCUGGAGUCGCGCCAACCGCAGCCUGGUCAGUCUUUGGCACCGGUCUCCGAGCUAUCGCGAAACCUGGCUCGCUCUUGCCGCACUCCCAGCCCCUUCCUGAGACAGUAAAGUGGGACUCCCGGGCCGGCCUCUGAAAGUCGCACCCGGCCCGCCAACCCCUGCCACCUCAACGCCCUCAGGGGAGCGCGGCCUGGCCGCCACCGGAAGCGGAAACCCGGAAUCACAGGACCAUGGCGACAGUGUUUGAACUGCCGGACUUGGUGCUCUUGGAGAUCUUCUCCUAUCUGCCGGUCCGGGACCGGAUCCGCAUCUCCAGGGUCUGUCACCGCUGGAAGAGGCUAGUGGACGACCGGUGGCUGUGGCGACACGUUGACCUGACGCUCUACACCAUGCGGCCGAAAGUGAUGUGGCACCUGCUGCGCCGGUACAUGGCGUCGCGGCUACACUCCCUGCGCAUGGGCGGCUACCUGUUCUCAGGUUCGCAGGCCCCACAGCUGUCCCCCGCCCUGAUGCGGGCCCUGGGUCAUAAGUGCCCGAAUCUGAGGCGCCUGUGCCUGCAUGUAGCAGACCUGAGCACAGUGCCCAUCACCAGCCUUCCAGGCACGCUGAGGACCCUGGAGCUGCACAGCUGCGAGAUCUCCAUGGCCUGGCUGCUGAAGGAGCAGGACCCCACUGUGCUGCCGCUUCUCGAGUGCAUUGUGCUGGAUCGCGUGCCAGCCUUCCGUGAUGAGCACCUGCAGGGCCUCACGCGCUUCCGGGCCCUGCGCUCCCUUGUGCUCGGUGGCACCUACCGCGUCACUGAGACCGGCCUGGAUACUAGCCUGCAGGAGCUCAGCUACUUGCAGAGGCUGGAGGUGCUGGGCUGCACUCUGUCAGCUGACAGCACCCUGCUGGCCAUCAGCCGCCAUUUGCGAGAUGUGCGAAAGAUCCGCCUGACAGUCGGGGGCCUGUCAGCCCAAGGCCUGGUGUUUCUGGAGGGCAUGCCGGCCCUUGAGAGCCUGUGCCUCCAGGGGCCUCUCAUCACUCCAGAAAUGCCCACCCCCGCUCAGAUUGUGAAGUCCUGCCUCACCAUGCCCAAGCUCAGAGUGCUGGAGGUGCAGGGCCUGGGCUGGGAGGGCCAGGAGGCCGAAAAAGUUCUGUGCAAGGGCCUGCCACACUGCAUGGUCAUUGUCAGGGCCUGCCCCAAAGAGUCCAUGGACUGGUGGAUGUGACACUGCCAGCCCUGCGGGUCAGAGCUGGCCCUCCAAGCAGCAAAUUGAAGCAUGGGAAUUAAUCAGGUGCAAGGGGACUGAAGGUCUGAAGGAGAGGAAUCAAGGACCUGGGGACCUCCAGAGCUGGGGUUCUCUGCUUGAUGGGUGACCUCAGUCCUGUCACUCAGCCUCCCUGAAGCCCCAUACUCAUGUCUAGGAAUAGCCAUCAUAGCUACCUCAUGAUUCUUUUGCAAAGCCUUAUUCUCUUUUUUUCUAGUACUGGGGAUUGAACCCAUGGCCCUGGGCAAGUUAGGCAAGCCUUAAUUAUAACAAAUCCUUGACUCCGGAAGACCCUUGAGACAGGGGUGUUCUCAGGGUCACCCUCAGGAACAGACAGGUGCAGGUAGGUAGGGUUCAGGGCCCUUACAGGGCCUGGAAGGAAUUAUCUAUGCAUGUGCACACACCUGUCUGUCUACCUACAGGCAUGGAGAUUCAAGGACAAGAAAAUGCCCCCGAGUUAUCCAAGUGUUCUUUUAAGUUCUCAAAUGGGUUUUCUGUGUUUUGUAUCCUGCCUUUUUCAAGUUUUCUACAGCAUAUAAUAUUUUACUAUUAAAAAAAAUCACUUAAAAAAUACAUUCCAUGUAUUCA